AUGAAGAUUGUUAUAUUUAUUGCGCUUCUCUUCGUUGCAAGAGCAUCAACAUCCAAAGCCGCACUAAAACAAAUAUCAGAUAAGGUGGUGACACACAUUAAAACGUUGACAGAUAAGGCCGCGUCCACAAUACACAAGUUGGCAGAGGAUAUCGACUUCAAGAAACUGGAAAAAUUGGAUUUCUUGCAUCUCUUCACAAAGAAACUCGGGAAAAAACACCAUGAACAAGAAGUGUUUAUGAUUGAUCCAUAUCAAGUUGAUAGAUUAAAAUACUAUUUUGAGCAUACGCACGGUUUGAAGAAACCUGUAGGUCCACAUGGGAGCCCACAUCUAGAGUAUGGACCACCACAUUGA